AUGGAGACCGAAACCAACGGAAAAAACCCUAUAGAAGAAAUGAACUCCUCUACGGAGCAUCUGACGGAUGAGAAGUCCAUCUCAAAUUUGACAUCCAUAGAAAAUACAAAAAAUCAAAAAAUCAACAUGGACGAAAACAACUACAACUAUUUUAAUUACACAGAGAGUGAGACUCCUUUGAAAAAUGAAGUUCAGUCGGUCAAUAAUGUAUCUACAGAGGGACACGAAAAGAGCAUUUUCAGUGAACGUCAUUUGAAAAAUGAGGGCAUAAAUCCUUUCCAGACGAAUUUACCAAACCAUGAGAAGGACGAUGGGGACAACUACUACACAGACGCAGAGGUACAAAUGAAGAACCAACAGGAUAUUUUAAAAAUAUUGGAAGAGGAGGAUGCACACCUGGGGUUGGGAGGUGGUCCAGGGAUGGGUAUCCCUAUCGAAGGGCAACAUAUUUCAGCACAGGUGGAUGCCCACUCAGGAGGGGACGCAGAAAAUGGGAAGAAUGAUUCGACCGUAACUGUAACCGGAGGAGAAGACGCAAAGGGGGAGAUACUCAAAGGAGAGGACGUAAAUGAAGACCCCAUGUCGGCUAAAAGCAAUCAUCACCAAGUUUCCUGCAAUCAGGAGGACCAAGGGGAAGCAGCAACAGGUGCAAUAGUUGCAACAGAAGAAGGAGGGGGAAAUCCCUUCGGAAACCCCAACGAGAGGGACGACCAAACAAUGAGCCAUUUCCAUGGUUGUAAAGAAAAAGCAGAAAUAAAUAUAAUACCGAACAAAGAUUUGAUCAAGGCGAAAAAGAGCAAAGAUAAAAGUACGGAAAAGUACAAGAGCAAAUACAAGAACAAAAUUUUGCAUCUCUUCCGGAAGAAGGCUUCCUCCAAUAAGGUGAACGACCAACACAUGUGCACGAAUGAGGUGGUUUGCGUGGUGGAAGGCGUGGGUGAGGGGCACCCUGUCAGCAGCACCGACGGAAGCAGUGGAGGGGGAUAUAACCAACAAAACCUUAAUGGAAGCUUCAAUGAGUACAAUAGCAACGCAGGACAGGCUGCCACCAGUGAGGCACACAUCCCCAUCCAAAUUGCAACUGGCGAAGUGCAGUUACAGGGGGAGAACCAAAACGUCAUGGCAACCGUUCGGGAGAGUCACACGUGUUCCACCAAAACGGAAGAAACCCCCCUGACGGAUCUGCAGAAUGAAAAUAUGGCAGGCGUUGAUUUGGAAGCACACACGGGAAAUAUGGAAACAACAGAUGGAAUGGCUACAAACACAUCAGGGGAGAGACAUACCCAGGGACGGGAACAGAAACAUUCGUUCGAAUGGAUCGACAGGAAGAUUUACAGUUUAGAGAAAAUCAAAUCCUUCAUGUCUAACAAUACCUUUUUAAAAGAUAAAAAAUAUUUUUUGCAAAAAAAGAAAACACAACUAUCGAAGGAAGUGAAUUUCUUUUGCCACCACUACAACGUUCUGUUGUGUUUUUUCCUAUAUAUAAUCUGCUUCGCCUUUGUCACGGCAUCUAUCUGUUACGACUCAUGGAAGGUGCACCAAAUGGAACUAAAAUCCGAGAACAACGAGAAGGUGGUGCACAUUGACAUAGGCGCAACGACCAUUAGGAGGGUGGAAAAAGUUUCCAGACAAAAUGGGGACGUCACCCUCUCCAUCGACAAGGAACAAACGAUGGAGUCACUAAUAGGCAACGAAAUUUGCAACACAGUUACGAAAGAAGAAUUGGAAAACUUUCUAUCCUUUUUGGCAUCUAACAAUAAGCUAAAAUAUGAACAGAACCUAAUUGAUCCCACAAAAGGGAAAGUCUCUGAUGAAUUUCUCAUAGAUGCACUAAAAAAUCCAGCACAUGUAGGACUAUUAAAAGACGACAAGCUAGUCCUAACACGGAAACACAUUUUCGGACCCACCAUCUACAACCUUGAGUGUAAAUUUUUGGCAAAAAUAAAAAAGGCAGGUACGUAUCAUAAGAUUCUGCUCUACGCAAUAUUAUUUUUUUUACUCAUUCCAAUCUGCCUCCUGUUGCAUAUUCUUCUGAACUACAAAAAGAAGGGGAAGAAUAUCCAGCUGGUGAAGUAUGUCUCCUUCGUGUUUGUUAACUUGGCACUCAUCACGAUGAUCUCCUCCCUCUUUUCCGUCAACCGGGCGUACAACAUUCCUUUAUGUGUCAUGCAUGAUGGGAGUUCAGACAUUUGUGAGGACGGCACAUCUAUUCACUUAAUUCGCUCCUCCAUCAUCUUGCUAAUUUUUUCUAAUUUGUUUUUUUGCAAGUUUGUUAAUGUGGUUCGUAAGAGCAGCACGCUCACGGGUUCACUCGUUUAA